AUGCCUGGGAAGUUGGAAGCGUCGCUGCGUCCUAACCUCGUCACGUCAAGAUGUCACUGCGUUUUAUUCGAUAUAAAGUAUUGCAUCAGCCCUCGAUAUACCCAAAAAAAUUACGAUAGAACAGAGAAAUUCGCAUGACUGGGUGCAACUUUAGUCGGCAAAUAUCUGGCAAUAGUUUAUUCAAAAAAACCUGGUCAAUUGAACAUGUGGGUGUUUGGUUAUGGUUCGUUAAUUUGGAAGGCGGAUUUUCCCUACGAGAGAAAAUUGGUCGGACACAUCAAGGGCUAUGUGAGAAGAUUUUAUCAGAAAAGCACGGACCACCGAGGCACGCCAAUCAGGCCAGGACGAGUCGUCACCCUUCUGUCGUCGACAAAUCCACAGGAUGAAGUUUGGGGUCUUGCGUACAAAAUCGCCAAUGAAAACGUCGACCAUGUUGUAAAUCACCUGGAUUUCAGGGAGAAAGGAGGAUACGAGAGAAAGACUGUUCUCUUUUACCCUGCCAGUCCUCCCCAGGCCAUUGAUCCGUCCUCCUUGAAUACUAGUUUCUCCUCCAGCAGUAGUUUGACCAAGAAUCCAAAGAUCCCAGUCUCUCCCACUCCCUCGGAGGAGACGCCGUUUCAACUCACUAUUUAUAUCGGAGGAGAGGACAACCCGAAUUUUGCUGGAUCUGAGGACAUGGACACAAUAGCUAGACAUAUUUUGGUCGCUCAUGGUCCAAGUGGAGCCAAUAUAGAAUAUUUGUACAAAUUAGCUAAUGCAAUGAGAACCGUCGCUCCGGGUGUCAAUGACCAACACUUGUUUAGUCUUGAAGCUCGGGUGAGGAAAUUGGAGGAAGAGAAAGAAACUGAAGUACUAUCAACAUAUCGAGAAUCCUGCAACUGUAAAGAUUGAAAUGAGAAAAUUUGUUCAGGUAGAGUAUAUCUGUGGACAAUUUGAUGAAGUGUAGCCAACUAUUUCGUAUUAUUAUAUAUAAACUUCAUAUUGAAGCUCGUAUGUAUUUAUGAGAUUUCUAGUUUCAUACUUAUAAUAUAUCUGGAAUCAACUAUAAUUUCUUUCACUCUUUCUGUUUACAUAUUCCUUUAUAGGUAAAUUGAUAAAAAUUUAUGUCUGCAGGAC